AUGACAUCCAACAUCCCCCAUAUCCACCUCCUCUGCAUGGAAGACCGCUUCAUUUCCGCCUUCCACCGCGCCCGGGCCCAAUACUGGCCCCGCAGCCACCACCCCAACCUCACCAUCCACAACACCUCCCUCGCCCAGCUCCCCGCCGCCACCAAAUUCAACCUCAUCGUCUCCCCCGCCAACUCCUACGGCCGCCUCGACGGCGCCUUCGACGACGCCAUCUCGCGCGCCUUCGCCCCCAAAGCCGACUACCACGCGCUCACCCGCGCCGCCCAGCGCGUCCUCUACGAGAAAUGGCGCGGCUUUGCGCCCCCCGGCACCUGCUCCCUGGUCCCCUUCCCGCCCGAACUCCAGGACAAUGCCUGGGGCUGUCGCUGGGUGGCCAUCUGUCCGACGAUGCGCGUGCCCGAGCGCGUGGUCUGGGACCGCGAGGUCGUGUACGAGUGUGUGUGGAGUCUGCUGUGCGAGGUGGAGGGGUGGAAUCGGCGGCGGCAGGACCGGGCGAAGGAGAGGAUUGAGGCGGUGCUGGUGACGCCGUUGGCGACCGGGGUGGGUGCCGUGAGUCCCGAGAAGUGGGCGGCGCAGUUUGUGUUGGCGAUGAAGCAUUUUGUGGAUGCGGUGGAGCGGCCUGAGCGAUGGGGGGCGUUGGGAUGGGAGGAGAUUCAUGUGGAGACGCAGGAGGUGCGGAAGACGUGGGAAAUAUAG